AUGUGGAGAUUACAAAAUAAACUCAAGAACCUGGCUAAAGCUCUUAGUAAAUGGUCUAGAGAGGGCAUUGGUGAUGUGUUUUCUACUGUUAAAGAUAUGGAGGAGAAAGUCAAGAACAUGGAAGCUGAGUAUAAAGAGAAUGAAACUGAUGCUAACAAGCUUGAAAUGCAUAAGGCCCAAGCCGAGUAUAUAAAGUGGCUUAAAUCUCAGAAUUCUAUACUGAGACAGAAAGCUAGAAUAAAAUUGGCAGAGGAAGGAGAUACCAAUUCAAAGUACUUCUACAGUGUCAUUAAGGGCAGGAGAAGAAGAGCACAAAUUAUGAGAAUAAAAAAUGCUCAAGGAAUCUGGUUGGAGAACACUGAGGAUAUUGCUCAGGAAGCAGUGGCUCAUUUCACUAAUAUUUUUACACAACCUGCGGACAGCAACAACAUAGGGAUACUGGAUUACCUUGAUAUAAUGGUCACUGACCAGGAUAAUGAAAUGCUUCAGCAAAUCCCUUCUGAGGAAGAAAUCAAGGAAGCUAUUUUCUCUAUGGACCUCCAACGCCCCGCAGGGGUGGGAUGGGUUCAAUAG